AUGACAGAAUUUAAACAUCCAAAAAGUAUCUUAGCUGAGAUGCUAGCCACCAGAGGUCAAACUCUUCCAGUUUACAAUACUGUAAAGGUUGGUUCAACGUUUGUGUGUACAGUAACAUUCAAUGGAAACUCUUUUAAAUCUUCACCGAAAUUAAAGAAGAAAGAGGCAGAGAAAGAAGCUGCUCUAGGUGUUUUAUUUCAGGAUAAAAUCAGAGGUCCGACCGCGAAUCGUGAGGCGUUACCCGAUGGAGCCGAGAACGACAAUGAGGAGCAGGCCAAUGAGAAGGUCGAGGAGCAAUUCAAUCAACAAGAUUUGGAAGCAUUGCUUGGUAGUUUGUCGUUGGGUAACAACGUUGACUGCACACUCACACUCAAAUCAGAGAACAAAAUGUUUGGAGGAGAGUUUACAUUUUACAAUGAACAUCUCAAGAGGAUGGAUACCGUUUCAGUUGAUGCUAAACUUUAUACCAAGGGAUCAGUUGCCAUUAAUCUUCGGAAUGAGACGCUUAAUAAGCUGAGUAACGAUCAAAAGGCAGAGGCAGUGACUACACCAGUCCAAAGAAAUUUCAAAGACGCAGAGAUUCCAGCUACUCUGCAUCAACCUAGGAAGUACCAAAAGUAUUUUUACAAGAAAGCAAUGGAGGAUAACAUUAUUUGUUGCAUUCCAACCGGUCUUGGAAAGACACAGAUUGCAGCAAUGGUAAUCAGCAAAAUGAAGGAAAUGAAUCCGAAAAAGCGUAUUCUCUUUCUUGUUGAGAGAAUUCCUUUGGUUCUCCAACUGGAGAAUUAUAUCCAUGAUCAAACUGGACUGAAUGUAAUAGGUGUGCAUGGCGACAUGUCGAUCGAUGCCAAACUGAACGAUCAUCACGAUGUUCUGGUAAGCAUUUCAUCUUUUUUCCUCAAUCUUCUGAAAUUCAACAAGGUUGUAAUGGGACAAUAUUCACUCAUUGUAUUUGAUGAAGCUCAUCACAUGGUCAAAGAUAAUUCCUUUUCCAUGUUACUUAAGAACCACUAUAAAGCUAUGAAGGAGGAUGUUAAACCAAAAGUCAUGGGACUAACUGCAUCACCAGGCGGCAAAUCCAGCUGGAUAGACACUUUUAUUUCCCUCAAGGUGAUGUCGUGUAUCUCUGGCUGCAGUAUCAUCUCACCGGAUGCCGAGACUCAAGCCGAUAUCGAAGAGCACAGGAUUACUGCGGAAUUACAACUAAAAGAGCUCCCACAACAUCCUAAAGAAAUAUUUUUAAUGAAAGCAAUCAAUUGCAUUACCAGAAACUUUGCAUCCAGUUUGGUACCAACAAGGAAAGAAUACCUGUACGAAGAUAUUCAAGAGCUUUUGGUAAAGUUGGAAAACACCAACAAUGAAAAUGAAAAACUAUUGUUGAGCAUUGCCAACAAAUGCUACGACUUGGUAACAUACGGUAAAGAUCCAAAGGAUGCAUCCCAUCCAACAGAAGACUGCAAACAAAUACUUAUCAAUCGAUUGGAAGCCACCAACAUUCCAAAAGAGAAAAAACAAAGGUUGUUAGAAGGUCUCAUAGAGUUUGACGAUGAUGACACUACCAACAUAUGCAAGCUGGAUAUUGCACUGAAUAUUUUGGAGGAGAAGAAUCAGACAGAUCCAGCAUUCAAAGCUAUAUUGUUUCCAGGAAAAGUAUCUGGACAUGGAUCAACCAAGUCAGGUGGACAGUCCACCAAAAGCCAGAAAGACAACGUAGAGAAGUUCCGAAGUGGACAAUACAAUGUAAUCGUGGCCACUGCAGUCCUAGAGGAGGGCUUAGAUGUUCCAAAAUGUAACGUUGUCAUUAGAAUCGAUUCGCCAGCAACAGUCACCGCUUUCACUCAGUGUCGUGGUCAUCUCAGAAGCAAGAAAUCAGAGUUCUACGCAAUUCUAAAGGAUUUCGAAUCGAAUAUCUAUCCCAAUCUCAUAAAACAAGAGUUCUACAUCAAGGAAGCCAUCGAGUAUUUGAGUGAUGAGGAUGCAGGAUUGCCAGAAUCUUACAUUCAAAUCCUAAAUAAUUCAGUCAAUCCAAAGUUUGACUUUGAAGAGCUACUCUCCAAGUGCAGGGUAUACUUCCAAUUAGAUACCAAAUUUGUAACCAAGCACGUAGGUGGACCACAACAUCAACCGGAAUUCAUAUGUGGUCUCUAUCUCAAUAACGAGUUAAAGGAGACAUGCAAAGGUAGAAGUAAAAAAGAUGCAAAAGAUAAAGUAUCUAGACAAGCACUGGUCAAUGGUUUAAUUCCCAUGAUAAUAAGAGAUAAACAUAUGAAGCUAAAGAAAGUUCGCUGGGGAGAGGACGACGCCUCUGGACUCGACCAGUUCGAUCCCAACUCCAACAAGAGCGGCAGCACAAUCAGCGGUGGUGAGCCAAAGAAAAAUAAGAAUUUGCUCAUCACUAGCAGUAUCAACGGUAGUGGCGAUGAUAUCUCGAUGGACGAUGUUCCACCAACACAACAUCAACAGGCACAACCAGAAAGAAGAGAAUAUGAAAUCGAUUUCAACGAGUUGGAAUUUGGUGAACCCUUGGGUAAAGGUUUCUUUGGUGAAGUGAAGCGUGGAACAUGGAGAGAAACAGAUGUUGCCAUCAAGAUUAUCUAUCGUUGUCAAUUCAAAACUAAAACUUCAGUUGAAAUGUUCCAAAAUGAAGUUUCAAUUUUAAGUAAAUUGAGACAUCCAAAUGUUGUACAAUUCCUUGGUGCAUGUACUUCUGGUAGUGAAGAACACCAUUGUAUAGUUAUUGAAUGGAUGGGAGGUGGUAGUUUGAGACAAUUCUUGAUAGAUUAUUUCCAAUUCCUCGAACAAAAUCCACUUCUUCGUUUGAAUAUUGCCAAAGAUAUUGCCAAAGGAAUGUGUUAUCUUCACGGUUCGAAUCCACCCAUUUUGCACAGAGAUUUGUCGUCGGGAAACAUUUUGCUCGAUAACACCAUUGACACAAGACGUACCUACAAUGUCAACGAUUUCAAAUGUAAGAUUUCCGAUUUCGGUUUGUCGCGUCUAAAGAUGGAGCAGGGCACCAUGACUGCAUCGGUUGGAUGUAUUCCAUACAUGGCACCCGAAGUUUUCAAAGGUGAAUCCAACAGUGAAAAGAGUGAUGUCUAUUCGUAUGCCAUGAUUCUCUGGGAGUUGUUGACAUCCGAGGAGCCACAACAAGACAUGAAGCCAAUGAAGAUGGCUAACCUCGCCGCCCACGAAUCUUACAGACCACCCAUCCCAUUGACAACCAACCCCAAAUGGAAAGAGUUGAUCACAAUGUGCUGGGAUUCCAAUCCAGACCGUAGACCAACCUUCAAGCAAAUCAUUGAUCACAUCAAAGAAAUGGAAUCAAAGGGUAUCUCAUCUUUUGCACCAAUACCAGUGGCCAAUUUUGAUACUGGACUCUAUGGUUAG